AUGUGGAGAAGCCGAAGCGAGCGCCAACGGUUACGCUCCAUCGUGCUACAUAAAACCGCGUACAGCAAGUACUACCACGAGUCCAAAAAGCACUCCAAGCAGCCAAUGUAUCCUUCUGUCCCGCUACUCUCCGUUAUGCAGCUACAGCACAAGCCAGAUUACACGACGGAGAUGACGUGCGGGUACCGGACAAUACUAUGUUUCAGCAGUUGCAGCACAUCGACAGACUCGAGCAAGAAGCUGCUACAGCAACCAGGUAACCAGAUGAAUGUGCGCCGAUUCAAAUUAUCCUGA